AUGCCUGCCAGGUCCGGAAAUCAUAAAUCGAAUAAUGCCCGCCACGGACGUACGACAUCCUGGUCGAGCGGCUUCCAUCUCACCCAAGGCACCGGCGAAUCCUCCGAUAACACAGGCCGCCGCCGACGCGAGUCCAACACCUCCCUCGCCAGCGUUGAAGAACGCUCCUCCUCCCACUCCGUCGACUCGCCCGACUCGCCCACCAUCGAUGAUAACAUGUUAAGGAACACCUCGAUGGAUCUGGGUGGUGACCGCAAAACACAGCACGUGCGCGCCCGCUCUAUUAGCCAUGGCCAGCCACAGACACUGGCCCCGCAGGAGAAUGAGCUCCCGACUGCGCGGGCGCCAACGCGCCCGCGUCUCUGCCGUGUCUUUGACUUCUUGCAGAUCGCUUCGCUACAAGCCUACAUGUUCUACCAGCUCAAAUCCUUCGACCCGAACCUCUCCGACUCGGAUGUUGCGACUCAGGCGGGAAUUCUCCAGGGUGCUUUUACCGCAGCUCAGUUCGCAACGGCGAUCCCCUGGGGUCGUGUUGCCGAUGCUCAGUGGGGUGGCCGCAAGUUCGUUCUACUUGUUGGUCUGGUUGGCACCGCGGUAUCUUGUUUGGGUGUUGCGUAUUCAACGUCGUUCGCGCAGGCCGUGUUCUGGCGCUCGUUUGGUGGCGCCAUCAACGGCACUGUCGGUAUUAUUCGAACUAUGAUUGCGGAGAAUGUUAAGGAGAAGAAAUAUCACUCGCGCGCUUUCUUGAUUUUGCCUAUUGGUUUCAACAUCGCGUCGUUGUUUGGUCCUGUGAUGGGUGGCAUGUUGGCUGAUCCCGUGAAGAGCUAUCCCCGUCUCUUUGGUCCCAAUUCUUCUUUUGGGGGCGCGAACGGAGUGCAGUGGCUCGAGACUUACCCUUAUGCACUGCCAAUGAUCGCGAACUUCUGUUUCCUCUCUUCAACUGCAGCUUUGGUUGCUUGUCCCGCCUUCAUCAUCCUUGUACACAAGGAUUCCGCUCGCGACUACGACGAGGAUGGGCCUUUGCUGGACCAGGACCGCUCGGAAAGUUAUGAGCUCGAAGAAAAGGCCCACAAGCCUGUGCGCCUGCAACGUGUCUUGCCUUUCCGAAAAAUCUGGACCAAAAAUGUGUUGUGCACACUCGGCGCACAGGCUUUCUUCGACUUCCAAAUGGGUGCCUUCAACAACCUCUGGCUACUCUUCCUGUCUACUCCCCGCUAUGAUGCCAACGACCCCGCGAGCCCCGCCCAGAGCUUGCCAUUCGCCUUCACCGGCGGACUCGGCAUGCUGCCGCAGAGCGUUGGUUUCGCGACCGCCAUUUUGGGUGUGAUUGGCAUGGUCCUCCAGUUCACCAUCUACCCUACCAUCAACGGUCGUCUGGGCACAGCCAAAAGCUACCAGUAUUUCCUCUCCCUCUUCCCGAUCGCAUACUUCAUUGCCCCCCUAUAUUUCGCUGGCUCCAUCUACAAUUCCUCCUCCUGGCCAAGCCAACGGCCCCUGGGUCUGGUUACCGCUCGAACCUUCACUCUUCCCACCUCCAUCAUCCUGCUGAAUAACUGCUCGCCGCACCCAUCGGUCCUCGGCACAAUCCACGGUAUUGGCCAGUCCGUGUCAUCAGCCUUCCGUACCAUUGGACCUAUCUUUUCCGGUGCGUGGUACGGAUAUGGCCUGGAUAUUGGCAUGGUUGGCUUCGCCUGGUGGUUGAUUGCCUUGGUAUCCGUGUUUGGUUGCCUUGCAGCUAUCUUCGUAUAUGAAGGUUCUGGACAUGAGAUCCUUCUCCCUGGCGAGGAAGAAGAGAUCUGA